UGUACUGACGUUUCGGCAGACGUUGUACGCCCAUUUUAAACUUCACGAGUAAUGAUUCGCCUAUUUCUAUACAAGGGCGAGUCCUGUUUGCUAAAAGGUGCAUUAGAAGGGUCUUACCCGAAAUGGUAACUAAUGUGUCGAUAAUCUGUUGGAUCGGCAUUGUGUUUACUAGUAGCGGAUUCGUUCACGGAGCACGUGUACGUCAAUAAGAGGAAGUUAACUGAAGGAAAGGAGCUGAGGGCGGGAGAUUUCGAAAAUGGCGGAGUCUAGCGACCAAGUUAGUGUUUUAUCACCGGAGAUGGCAAAGUCACUGCAGCUCUAUGAAGCCCAGUUUUUUGGAUUUACUACUCAGAGCAGCAUGCAUCGGAUUCACAAUGCCUUCCAAGACUGCCUGUAUGAAGUUAUGAUGGCUGUAGAAACAGUAAUCCUCAAAAAUAUCGGAGGUUUUGAAGAUGACAAUUCAUUGGCUAACCGUGUAAGAGAAUGUACUCAAAAGUUCUUGAUUUUCUUGCAGGGCCGUGUUGAUCUCAUCUCUAAUCGCAUAGAAUGUAUACUUAAGGACAGUGUCUUUAAGGUUCCACCCAAUGUUUUAUUACCUGAAGAUGCAUCUCAUGCCAAGUAUCCUUGUGGAAAAGAAAAUAUUGCUAAGAUUGAAGACGAGUUGGCCAAGCUCCAACAGCGAUACCAGGCUGAGCUUUACACAAAGCAAGCCUUGCUUGCUGAGAUGGAACAACAGAGCUUGAUCUUAGCCAUGCAGGAAGAAAUGAUUAAUUGGAUCAAGGAAUUGAGAUCAGCAGACCUUGAGGGAGGAAUUGUAGGCUUGUAUGAAAGGCUGUAUUCUGUGAUGCAAACUAUUAGCCAUUUGUCAAAGGACCUCCAGAAAUGUGCAGUUCCUCCAUGAUGUUUUUAAGUACUUUCACCUUCCUGUUAUACAGCCAGUGCAAACUCAGCAUAAAGUAAAAGUUUCCAUUGUCUUCUUGAUCAUGACUACCUUGUAA